ACUCUUGUAGUGCGGAAGUGAAUUGCUGCCCUUGAGUAAUUUGCUGUCAGAAAAAAAUGCAAAUACUUUCUUCUGCCAAUUGUUUUUGUGCAAGAUGUCCCUUACAAGUAAACUAAAAUCAUUUAUAAAGAAACAGGUCACAACCAACGAGGACAGUCAUCCAUCCCCAAUAGAAGAAAAUAUCAGUCAUGAACUUUUCAAUGGUGAACCAGCAGUAGCAAAGUUUAAGCAUGAACAGUAUAGAUCCAAUCCACAAGAAGAUCAGGAAACUAUAGAUAAAAUAGAUAAAGAAUACUUUGAGGAUGUAGAUCCUAGUUUGUAUGAACUAGAGAAAUUACCAGAAGUUUUAAAUUUAGAACAAGUUGAUGAUGAUCGGACUAGAUUACGUCGCCAGUUACAGGCAGUGUCAAAGAAAGUAUCAGAGGUUGUGUUACAGAAUCACCUAGCAUAUGCUGCAGAACUACAGAGAGUUAUGGAAUUACAGAAAACAUUACAACUUGCCAGUAUCAUCUGUAAAAAUGGCCGUGGGCAACUGGCUGAGGCAAGUACAACAUUUACUCGGACCAGCCUUCAUCUACUGGCCAAUGUUAGAAAACGACAACAACUUCAUGCUCUACUCAAAUCAUUAAGAACAAUUAAAACAUUGCAAAGGACAGACAUGAGACUUAGGGAAAUGAUGGAGGAGGAAGAUUAUUAUGGUGCUAUACAACUAUGUCUGGAAUGUCAGAAAGCAGCCAUUACUCUCAAACAUUACAAAUGUAUCAGUGAGUUGAGUUCCAAGUUGCAAGACACAUUAGAAUUGAUAGAGGAGCAUCUUGAUAUAGCCUUGUCUAAAACCUGUUCUUUGUUUGAUGUGGCUCACUAUGAGAAAGUACAGAUGGCCUAUACCCUACUUGGUAAAAGACAGACCGCGGUAGACCAGUUACAUCUACAUUUUACCAGUGCUAUACAAAAUGCAGCGUUUCAGAUAGUGCUAGGAUAUGUGGAAUUAUGUUCACCAUCUAGUGACAGACAAUUUAACAGGCUACAAUACUCAGAUCUCUGCAAGCAUGUAACAAUAGAAAGUUUCACACCAUGUUUGCGAGAUUUAUGUAAGUCACUAUGGGGAGUAAUGAGAAGUUAUUAUAACACUAUAAGAUGGCAUGAAGAACAUGAUAACCUAGAUACAGUACAAAUAGAUGAAGACUCUAGUGACACAGAUUCUAUGAACACAGUCUAUAUCAAACAGAAGCUUGAACAUGGAUUAGGUAGAAUAUGGCAGGACAUACAACAAAAAGUUAGAACAUAUAUUCUUGGGAUAGAUUUGUCAGCAUUUAAACUAGAGGAAUUUAUACAGUUCUUGGAUACUGUCAACAGAAUGAUAGAUAUUGGUGAAGACUUCUGUGACAGUAAGUCAGAACAUUUACAAGAUUCUCUUAAACAACAGAGUCUGAACUACUUCAAAAAUCAUCACAGGGCAAAGAUGGAUGAGUUAAGAAUGUUUCUAGAGAAUGAAGGCUGGGAGCUUUGUCCUGUAAAAUCAUCCUUUCAUAUACAACAUCUUGUGGAAUUCAAAUUUAUGAAGCAGACUUCACCAAAGAAAAUUUCAGCCAAUAAGAAUAGCAAUAACAAACUGGCUGACCAAUCAGAUUCUCCGAUAAAAAGAUGCAAAUAUUUUGAAGAAUACUCAGGGAACUCAAGUCCAUUUGAUAUUCAGACUGACACAGAUUAUCAAGAAGAUGUGUUCGCAGGAGUAGGGGAUGAUAACAGUGGAGAGGAGCACAGUGAUAGUGACUCUGAUGUUCCUGAUGAACUCAAACAAGAUUAUAUAGAUGAAUUAACAGGAGAAACACAUUCCAGGCCAGGCAGAAGAAGAUAUUCUAGAAGUAGGAGUUACCAGAAACAUGUUUCUAUUGUAACCAAUACAUCACUGAAUGUGUUCAGAGUUAUAGGGAAAUAUAUACAGAUGAUGAGAUUAUUAAAGCCUAUAGCAUUUGAUGUGAUGACCUGUAUGGCUCAACUAUUUGACUUCUAUAUGUACUCUGUUUUCAUAUUUUUUGGAACAGAACUAUCAUCUAUGGAUGAGCGUCAGAUAAACAAUAGAUUGAGGUCGACGUUACAGAGGAUACAUGACAGUCUUAUAGAUGAUGUACAUGAGGUAGAUAACAUGGAGGAUCCUCAACAUACAGAACAUAGGCAGGAGAAGAUAGCAGCUCCACAUCUGUCACCCAUUGUUGAUUUAAACAAUCCACAGAAGAGGUUUGGUCUCCCUGAGAGGAUAGUUGCAGCAGAAUCAUUAGUGUUUCUUGGGGAACAAAUGGAGUUUUUACAGCCACAUCUUGAAGCUAUCAUUCCACAAAAUAAGAAAGCAUUCCUUCAACAAUUUUACUCACAGACAGUAAAUAUGGCAGCUGAGUUGCGUAAACCAGUCUACUGGACUGUGUCAACUAAUGUGAUAAACUAUGAUAUAAUUUUGCAACAUAUGGCAGCAGUGAAAUGGGAUAUUAAAGAAAUUAUGUCACAGCAUAAUUCGUAUGUUGAUGUUUUAAUUCAACAAUUUUCUGACUUUAACUCGUAUAUGAGUGAAUUAUGUCGACAUAUGCCAGUACCAAGAGCUACCUAUGAUCAGGUUUGGGACCAGAUAUUACGUUUGUCAGCCCGAACAUUUGUCGAGGGCUAUGGUAAUACAAAGAAAUGUAGUAUAGAAGGCAGGGCCUUGAUGCAACUCGACUUCCAACAAUACCUGAAAAAUGUAGAAAAACUAAUAGAUCUUAGGCCUAUACCAGAUAGAGAGUAUGUUGAGGGCUAUAUCAAAGCCUAUUACUUCCCAGAGAAUCAGCUGGAAGCGUGGUUACCUGAACAUAGGGAAUAUUCUAUCAAACAGUUACUAGUGUUAGUGAAUGCUGUAGAUCAUCUGAACAGAAAAGCAAGACAAAGACUUGUGAACAUGGUGGAAGACAUGGAUAAAAAUAGCAGGAGAUAGUAAAUACUGUAACAGUCUAGUGUAUCAGUGAUAGAGGGAUGACUGUUGCAGUUUUUUUGCUCGCUACAGACAGGACAGGGCCUUAAUUACAUGUAUGCAUAUACUAGUGUUGAAAUCACCAAUUGUGUGCACUGUAGUGUUGAUAUGGCAAUUGGUUUGACCUAUAGAGUUUAAAUGGUCAUUUAUAUACUCUGUAAAAGUCGAAAUGGCCAUUUCUUUACACUGUAGUGAUAAUAUUGCCAUUUGUGUUAACUGCAAGGUUGAAAAGACCAUUUGUUUGCACUAGUGAUUUGAUGGUUCGAAAGUUAAAUGGCCAUUUUAUACCAUGUUGCUUUAAGAUUGAGAUUUGUGUACACUGAAGUGGUGAGAUGAGUGUUAAUGUUUGCUGUUAUGUUGAGAUGGCCAUUUUGUACACAAGUUUUGAGAGUGGCAUAUUUGUGCAUUUGCCAUUGUUACACUCCACUGUCGUGCUUGUAUACAUUGCUGUGCUAAGUACACAAAUGUUAAUCAAGGUAAUAUUAUAAUUAAAUUUAACAUGAAACUUAUGUACAAUAUAAUUGUGCCUGGUGCAAGUUUGACAUUGGAAUCUAUAGUUUUAAAGAUUUGUUGAAUUUAGAUGUAUAGAAACAUUCCAGUAAAAACAAUGUAAAUGAAUGAUCAGUGCAGGAUAUAUAUAUAAACAUUAAGAUCCUGUAUGUUUUGUGAUUGAUAUUGAUACUGUGUGUAUACCACACUUGCAAAAAAUUAUAUAUUAUGCAAAUAAAACAAUUUUCAAACAUCAAAGAAUAUGUAAAAUGUGUACUGCAAAUAUUUGUGCACAUUAUAAAUAAUCAAUAAAUUUACUUGCAUUCAUUUCUUAUUGGAAAAUUUGACUUAGAAUUUAUAGAAAAUAAAUUUCUAAUUACCUCCCUUUAUUUACAUGAAAUGUUAAAUUGGGUAAUAUCUUUAUAAAUAAUGCUGAUUUGAACUUACAAUAUUGACAAAUCUUAAUUUGAGCAUCAUUUUUGUGAAAUAAAACCUUGAAAAAAUUGUGUAACAGGAUCUGUACAUGUAUGUUACAUUUUAAUAUUCAAGAACAUAACUUGGUAUUGUUCACCUUACAGUUCACAUGUAAAAAUACAUUAGGUCUUAACAUUUCAAUGUAUGUGUAAAUUUAUUAAAUUGGAAUUUCAAUGUAUAUGUUAAUAUCACAGAAAAGUUGUUGACAGUGCAUAGUAUAUAUGAACAUUAAAUAGUUGAUAUGAACCUUGCUUUGCAUAUAUGAAACUUACAUUGUAUUUUCAUACAUUGCAAUUUAUAUGAUAUGUGUGAACAUUUUGUUUGAAAAUAUAAAUGGACAUUUAAAAGGUUGUGUGAAUAAUGCAGAAUAAAAAAGAAGAUUACAGUGUUUCUAAUAACAUUACAUUAUACAUGUAAAUAUUGCAGUGAAAUUUAUAACAUAUUUCAAUGUGUAUGUUCACGUUACAUUAUACAUGUAUAUGAAAAAAUUGUAAUGUAAUUUUUAACAUACCAGUAUAUUUGUGAACAUUGCAGUAUAAUUUUUAAAAUUACCACUGUAAAUGUGAGAAUUGUUCAUUCUUGUUAUAUUUACAUUAUAUUUGUGAAAAUACAUUUAUAACUGUAACCAUACCUUGUAAAUGUGAAAAUUACAACACAAGUAUGGCACCAGAUUUGAUAUUAAAAUAACAUUACAUGUACAUGUGUAAUUUCUAAUUAAACCCCCCCCCCCACAAACAUUGAUAUUAAUGAGCCAUGCCAUGACAAAACCAACAUAGUGCAUUUGCAACCAGCAUGGAUCCAGACCAGUCUGAUCAGGAUCCAUGCUGUUCGAUAUCAGUUUCUCUACUUGUAUUAGGGUUUGUAAGCGAACAGCAUGGAUCCAGAUCAGACUGCCCGGAUGCGCAGGCUGGUCUGGAUUCAUGCUGGUCGCAAACCCAUUAUGUUGGUUUUGACAUGACAUACCUCAUUGUUGUUCAUGGGAAUAGUUUGAGAAUUUAGAAAAAUGAGUUAACUAGUUGGGAAUGUAGCUUUAAUGUAAACUUUGUGUAUUGAACAUAGAAAUGAUCAAGUAACAAUCUUCUCUAUGUAUUAAUGGGGUUAUAAUUUAUUGUUAUAUACAUGUAAUAAAUGUCAUUUUCAUGGAGAUUUAUUUUUUCAGUAAUGAAAAUUGAAACAAUUUAGUUUAGUUUAGCUUAGUUUUAUGUCGCAAUGGUCACCAAAGUAAAUUUCUGUUCUGCAAGAUGCCUAUGCAGGAUACAGGAUACAGACAUAAACUGUAAAGAAAAAAACCCCACAUCAAUGACAUCAUGCAUUUGUAAGUUGUUAUAUAAAACCACAGUUACGGUUGACAAUUAAUGAAAUUGUAUCCUUAUGUAUGGUCAGGUUUUUGUUGUUUUUCAAGUACGGGUUUCUAAAGCAGUGGAAAUUUGUUAGUAACUACGGUAGAUGCUUUUAGUGUAUGCAGAAUCUAUUUAAGUUCUAUUCUAUAGGAAUUUACAAGCUUAUACUGACGCGGUUGGACCAACUUGUGCAUUACAAUGAGUCUUGGGUUUAAUGCCCCUGAAAGAAUAGAAAAUUUGAA